UUUAUAAGUUGGUUUCCAUGAACCCUUUGCCAUCAAUUGAUACAUUCAAUCAUCUAUUAUCUUUAACUUCCCAGAUAAGAUGUUAUUCCUCUGUUUUCACGUUGUAUCAGAGGAUGAAACUGAUGGGAAUCAGACCCAGUAUCGUCACGUUUACCAUUUUGAUCAACUGUUGCUGUAGAUUAAAUCAAAUUGAUUAUGGUUUUGGUGUGUUUUGUGAGAUUUUAAAGAGAGGUUAUGAUCCAGAUAGUAUAACGUAUACUUGUCUGAUUAAAGGGCUCUGUUUAGAAGGGAGGAUUCUUGCUGCACAUGAACAGUUUGGUAAAAUGACCGAGAGUGAGAUUGUACCUACUGAUGUUGCAUGUGGAAGUGUUAUAAGUGGGCUUUGUAGAAUUGGUGAAGUUGGUCUAGCAUUGGAGUUGCAAAAGAAAACGGAUGAUUGGAAUUGCAAUCUUUCUGUUGUCUCGUACGGUUUGAUCAUAGAUACCCUAUGCAAAAGUGGUUUGGUAGAUGAGGCAUUGAGUCUAUUUUCGCAGAUGAUAAGUUACUCGAAAAUUGUCCCGAAUGUUGUUGUUUAUAGUUCUUUGAUUAAUGGACUUUGCAAAGCAGGUCGGCUAAAUGAGGCUAUGGGAUUGUUUCAUAACAUGUCUAAUCGAGGAAUUUCAGCGAAUACCAUCACUUAUAGUUCUCUAAUUCAUGGUUUUAGCCAACGUGGGCUGUGGAAGGAAGCCAAGAGAUAUUAUGAUGAAAUGGUGGACAAAGGGAUUUUUCCCACAGUGGUAACUUAUAGCAUACUAAUCGAUUCUCUGGCCAAAGAAGGGAAGAUGGGUGAAGCUGGUAAGUUAUUGGGGGAGAUGAUUAAGUUAGGCAAGGAACCUAAUAUAGUUACUUAUAACUCGAUGAUGAGUGGUCUGUGUUUGACAGGUAGGUUAGAGGAAGCACAGAUGUUGUUUGAUUUGAUGGUGGAUAAGGGUCUUAAACAUGAUGAACACAACUUCACAGUGUUGAUUAAUGGGUAUUGCAAGAACUUUAGGCUGGAUGAUGCUAUGCAGCUCUUCAAGAAAAUGAAGCAGAAAGGAUUAAAACCAACAAAAGUUACUCACGCUACGCUUGUGGAUGGACUAUGCCGUAAUGGAAGAGACAGAACUGCAAUGAGCCUAUUACUCGAGAUGCAAUCAGUUGGUUUAUCUCCAAACGAAGUUGUCUAUGGUGCCAUGUUGGAUGGCCUUCUGAAGAAUGGAUAUGUUGAUGAGGCCGUAGAGUUAUUUCAGUCUAUGGAAGGUAAGGGUUUUAAAAUUAAUAUUCAGACUUAUAGUUUAGUAAUUGAUGGGUUGUGCAAGGCAGGAAAAUUUGAAGAUGCAAGGAAAUUAUUCUUGGAAAUCUCAGAUAAAGGAUUAGCUCCAAAUGUUGUGACAUAUACCAUAAUGAUUAAUGGCAUGUGCAAAGAAGGUAUGUUAUUUGAGGCCGAAACAUUGAUGUUUGAAAUGGAAAAGAAUGGUUGCACACCGGAUACCAUCACGUAUUACACCAUCAUUAAGGGUUUUCUUGGAGGAGGAGAUGUUAAGAAAGCUGCAGAGUUUCUUCAAAAAUUGCGAGAGCGGAACUUCCCCCCAACAAGGCCACUGUUGUCUACUCGAAAACCUAGAAUUGCUAAACUCAGCUAAAUUUGUGGUCUUGACACUAUUUGCGUUCUCCACUGAGAACUGGCUUCCCCAGCAAAUCAGCCAACCCUUGAGCCUCUUCGGGAAGAGAAAGAAAAAGGUCGAGGUUUAUAUAACUCGUUGAAAAAGCUGGAAGUAUUCGUGAGUUCUUAGAAUGACUGUCAACUUAUCUCAAAGCUUCAAAAAUGUGCAGCAUUGCGUGGAAAUCCCCCAUCUUUGAAUCAAGCAAAGUAGCAAAUGGUAUGGCCGGGUCCUUUGGUCCUGUAAAUUCAAAAUUAGUACCUGACCUCUAAUGCUGCUUCAAUUUUGCAGCAUUUUAUCAAACCUGUGCUCGUAGUGUCCUACCUUACCCAAAAUUGGACCUUAUCCUACUUUAGGAUACCAUAAACCACAAACUAUAAACUGUGAAGACUUUGUACAUUGAUGUGCCAUAUAAUCGUCAUUUUUGACCUAACAAGCUGUCCUUUGACUACAUUAUCAUGUGAAAAACCAUAUCUAACUCGUCUCUCACCAUUAAAAGCAUUCUCACUUCUUCUCAAUUCCACUACUGGUUACCACAGACAUCCUCGAGCCAUCUUCCAAAUCCCAUGGCUUCUUAUUUUUCUUCUUCUAGUAUUCGAUUUUUUCAUCUUCUUUGCUUUUUCUUUGUUUCUCUCUCUAAUUCCCAGCCUUCUUCUCCUUCACGACCUCAAGGACUCAUCCUUCCUGUUUUCCAAGAUCAAUAUACUCUUCAAUUUGUUACCCAAUUAAGCCAAGGAACUCCAAAAGUCACCUUAAAUGUUGUCGUUGAUCUCGGAGGUAAGUUCUUAUCUGUCUAUUCCAGUCAAGGUUGUUCAUCAGUAUCAAAGAAACCGAUCCGUUGCAAGUCACCUCAAUGCUCACUAGCCAGACAAUCAGUUGAUUAUGUACGUUGCCAUAGCAAUACAUGUGACUUUUACACAACCAGUCCAAUAACACAUUCAGCAACCAAGAGUGAGCUCUUUUCAGGUGUUGUAACUGUACAAUCAAGCGAGGUUCGGGAGCCAAUAUCUGGGGCAUGGAUUGCAGGUCCAAAUCUUACCGCUCGUGGGUUUGCAGUCAGUUGUGGAACAACUACUAGUGUCCUGCAUGGACUAGCUAAGGGUGCUAAAGGAUUAGCUGGUCUUGGACGUUCAGGACUUUCCUUGGUUUCUCAAUUUUCAGCUGCUUUUCAAAUCCCUGAAAUAUUUGUUCUAUAUUUAUCACGAUCUGAAAAUGGUUUCAUAUAUUUUGGAAAUGAAACAUAUCUUUUGCAAACCCCUCUAUUUUAUACCCCUCUAUUGGUCAACCCAGGGUUUAGUCGAGGUUCUUUGGCUGCUACUGACAGUGAUUACUUCAUUGAUGUGAAAUCUAUCGAGAUAGACGGUGAAAAUGUCCCCAUAAAUAAAGAAUUAUUGUCCAUUGACAAGAAAAAUGGAGUUGGAGGAACAAAACUUAGCACUGUAGUUCCUUUCACUGUUAUGGAGACAUCAAUAUACAAGGCUUUCAUUGGUAUUUAUAUAAAGAGAGCUAAAGCUAUGAAUUUUCUCAGGGUUGCUUCGGUUGUGCCUUUCAGUGCUUGUUUUAAUGCAUCUACAAUGCCUACGGGAGUGGGAGCAUUAACAUUUUCCAUACCAAAGGUCGAUCUUGUCUUGCCCAACAAAUUGAGAUGGCAGAUGACUCGGCCAGAUAAUAUUUUGGUUUAUCUUCCGGGUAAUUUGGUGGUGUGCUUGACAUUUGCAGAUGGCGGUGCAAAACCGAGGACUUCGAUUGUUAUUGGUGGGAAGCAGUUGCUAUACACCGUUCUACAAUUCGAUAUUCCAAGAUCAAGAUUAGGAUUCAGUGCAGGGCUUCAAGUCUGAUCAAGUUCAUGUCCCAAACCUUCAAAAUCAUGUGGCAUGUCAACCGUGCUCUCCGUGGCAUUGUUAAAGUAGAUAAAUGCUGUUUAUAUAUAUAUAUUGUGCAGCGCCUCAGAUCUUAACAUUGUCGAACAAGUAUAGAUUAUAGCUUAAAUGUAUCCAAUCUUAAGACAUUUCCCUUAAUAUAUCAUCAGUUUAUGUUCAUUUCCCCCCA